AUGGUAACUACACGACGAAAUACUCGAACUAACCAGGCAGUCACUAGACCAGUCAGAGAUUUGAGAGAAACCCUCAGCCCCCCCCCCCCCUCGCAGGUACCGAACGAUCAGCAUAUUUCCCUGGAGAGGGAGGCCGACCGGGGAGGUCACCGAGAAGAGGAAGAGGUUCGUUCGAACGCACGCCCAUCGGCCGUUGGUGUCCCACGGAUCCAGCCAGUGGAACUCACCCCCGAGAUAGUAGAGGCCGCCGCACACUACUUAGCGGCCCUACAUCAUGGCCAGGCUGCAAGGGCAGGAUCCCCAGAACCCUCCCGGAUAAACUAUACCACCCAGAUCGCCGGCGGCCGACUGCCCAACACGAACUUGCCCCCUGAAAGAACACAGAGAUUGGCUCCACCCCAGGGACCCCGUCGUGCAAUCUCCGUCCUAGACCGCUUAGGGCCCCUGAACCAACGGGAAACCGCUCCACAGCCUGAACUCGGAAACCCCCCGGUAGAAAGCCCGCAACAAAGAGUCAGGCUCAACCCCCAGCGAGGGGCGGAGGUCACCCAGGCAACCGGUCCUCACACGGGAGGGGCAAGGGAAGGGGAUCCCGAUCGAAGAAGAAUUCUGCAAGACAUGAUGGAGGGUAGCGGAGAGACUCCAGAACUUGGUCAGGGGAAUCGAGAUCGAGAGAUGGCAGAACUCGCCAGGGAGGUGAGAGACCUCCAAAGGAAGGUUGAGGGUAGGGGAGAUCGACCAACCGCUCGAUCUCUCUUGUCUGCCAGUCCAUUCUCUAUGAAAAUCCAAGAAUAUCGCGCGCCAAGAGACUUCAAGUGUCCGACAAUGCCUACUUACGAUGGAACAGGGGACCCCAGCGAUCACUUAGUCGGUUUCCAGGCAAAGAUGAUGGUAAUAGGGGCGGAGGACCCCAUGUACUAUCGCGCCUUUUUCUCAACGCUGGGCGGGGCAGCGCAGCGUUGGUUCCUAUCUCUAACACCAGGGUCCAUCGAUCGCUUCGAAACCCUAGCCGAACAAUUCCUAACCUACUUCGCAGGAAGCAUGAAAACAAAGAAGCACUUCAUGACCCUGACUGCCAUACAACAAGGAGAAACUGAGACACUAAAAGAGUUCCUAAAAAGAUGGCAGAAGGAAGUACAGGCUGUAGAAGAUCUGGACGACCGAACGGCCCUCACUUUAUUCAUGGAAGCCCUCCGGUCAGGGGAUCUGUUCACUAGUCUACGAAGGGAGACCCCCGACACGUAUGCACAGGCCGUCCAUAGGGCCAACAAAUACGCGGAAACAGAAGAAGCUUUGCAACAAAAAAUAAGGCGAGAAGCGAAACGACCCCGUGACGAGACGAGAACGCGUCUCUCGGACCGACCGUCUAAACGGGAAGAAAGAUCUAACGUCAUCCGGGGGCCACCUCCCCCUCGACACAGAGCAGUCCCCACCCUCGGGGCAAGGCACGUGCACGAGGUCCAACCACCCCGACCUACAGAGAACCUACCGCCACCAACCACAAAGGCGGAGGAACGGCCGGCCGCGGGAAGAGCCAGAUACUGCCGAUAUCACAGGUCCACGGGACAUUCUACCGAAGAAUGUACUACCCUGCAAAAAGAAAUCGAGGAGCUUAUCCAGAAAAGACAAUCGACUACUCGCCCCAACCAAUGGCGAAAACUUCCAUGGGCACCAGCCUGGAACCCUCCCGGCGAACUUAGGGAUAGGCCCCAACAGAAAACACCCAACCAACAAGAGGGGAAUCCAGAAGAGCAAGACGAUCGAAACUGGAAACACAAGCGUGUGAUCCACAUGAUUUGUGGCGGGCCUGCGGUUGGAGACAGCUCUCGCGAGAGGAAACGUUGGGCUAGACAAUUAUAUGUAGGCGCAGUGCAACAUAGACCCCCCAUCAAGAAAGGCCGGAGGGACGUCAUCACCUUCUCUGAUGAAGACCUCCCGGACGGCCCAACGCCACACCGCGAUGCCCUUGUCAUCACCGUGGACAUCAAUGGGACCAUCGUCCGGAGAGUAUUUGUAGACACUGGCAGCAGUGUCAAUGUCAUGUACCUCGAGACAUUUAACAAGCUGGGACUGUCCCGAGAACAACUACACCUAGUGCGGACGCCACUUGCUGGGUUCACCGGAGAUAGCGUAGAGGCUGAGGGGUGCCUCACCUUGUCCGUGGAAAUAGGAGAAUACCCAAGGGUCCGUUCCCUAGACAUGGAGUUCGUGGUUGUUAACAUCAAUUCCGCGCACAACGUAAUUCUAGGGCGUCCAGGUUUAGAGGACCUGGGGGAUGUGGUGUCGCUCGAGCAUCUGUGCUUAAAAUUCCGAACACCAGAAGGAGUGGGGAUCGCUAAAUGCGAUCGCCAUGUGGCCCGAUCAUGCUACCUCCUCUCUUGCCGACAAAUUGGGAAACACGACCUGCAGGUCCAAACUAUCACCGAGAAAACCAAAGGAGAGGAGAUUAAGGAAAGGCCGGAACCCGCAGCCGAUUUAGAAGAAGUAGCUUUGGAUGACUCCAGACCAGAUAGAACGAUCAAGAUAGGCAAAGGAUUAACAGAAGAGGUCCGACUGAGUAUCUUACAGACACUGAAAGAGUACAAAAUCCUAUUCGCUUGGGGACCCGAAGACAUGCCCGGAAUUGACCGGUCGGUCAUCACCCACCGCUUAUCUGUCAAUCCGGCCACUCGACCAGUCAUGCAACGGAAGAGGCACCUAGCAGCAGACCGAAGAGAAUUCGUAAAAAAAGAAGUUUCCACCCUACUAGAGAUCGGACACCUCAGAGAAGUCACCUAUCCCGCUUGGGUGGCUAACGUUGUGCUAGUACCCAAGCCCCCAGCAUGGAGAAUGUGUGUCGAUUAUACUGACCUCAACAAGGCGUGUCCUAAGGAUCCCUUCCCCUUACCACGAAUAGACCAACUGGUAGACCAAACUGCCGGUUGCGCACUACUUAGCUUCAUGGACGCCUUUCGGGGCUAUCACCAAAUAUUUAUGGAAGAGCAUGACGAAGAAAAAACUGCAUUCCUGACACCUGAUGGAGUCUAUUGCUAUAAGGUGAUGCCGUUCGGCCUGAAAAAUGUGGGAGCAACAUUUACAAGGAUGGUCUCCAAAAUAUUUCACAGCUUGCUUGGGAAAAGCAUGGAGGCUUAUGUCGAAGACCUGUUGGUAAAAAGCAAAGAAGCCCCCGAGCACUCUCGAGACCUUAGAGCAUGCUUCCAACUCAUGGAAAGAUACAAGCUGAGAUUGAAUCCAAAGAAAUGUGCAUUCGCUGUCCGUGGGGGAAAAUUCCUAGGAUACAUGGUCACACAGAGAGGGAUAGAACCAAACCCCGAGAAAAUAAAAGCCAUACUGGAUAUGCAACCGCCCACCAACCUACUGGAAAUCCAAAAACUGACGGGACGACUGGCAGCCCUUAGCCGUUUCCUCUCCAAAUCGGCAGAGCGCUCUCUACCAUUCUUCGAAGUGAUCAAAAGAAGAGAGGGGUUCGAAUGGACCCCUGAAUGUCAAGCAUAG